CCGGCUCCCUGCCUCUCAACCGCCCGCGCCUGCUGCCAGGUAGCGGCAGGGAUGGCGAGCCGCAGAGCCGGAGCGGUGACGAGAGCAGCGGCUCCGCCAUUGGGCGACGAGGCCUGAGGGACGGGCCAGGUUGGUGCACAAGGAGAGACCGAGGUGGCCCCGAGAGAGCGAAGGCAAUGGAGGCCAAUAUGCCGAAGCGGAAGGAGCCUGGCAAGUCCCUCCGCAUCAAAGUCAUCUCCAUGGGCAACGCUGAAGUGGGGAAAAGCUGUAUUAUAAAGCGAUACUGUGAGAAAAGAUUUGUGUCUAAAUACCUUGCAACUAUUGGAAUUGACUAUGGAGUUACCAAAGUACAAGUUAGAGACAGAGAGAUCAAAGUCAACAUCUUUGAUAUGGCUGGACAUCCCUUCUUCUAUGAGGUCCGUAAUGAGUUUUACAAGGACACACAGGGUGUGAUACUGGUCUAUGACGUGGGGCAGAAAGACUCCUUUGAUGCCCUGGAUGCGUGGCUGGCAGAAAUGAAGCAGGAGCUCGGGCCUCACGGGAACAUGGACAAUAUUGUAUUUGUAGUGUGUGCCAACAAGAUCGACUGCACCAAGCACCGCUGCGUAGAUGAAAGUGAGGGGCGACUCUGGGCAGAAAGCAAAGGGUUCCUGUACUUUGAAACUUCAGCACAGACUGGAGAAGGGAUCAAUGAGAUGUUCCAGACCUUUUAUGUGUCCAUAGUUGAUUUAUGUGAAAAUGGUGGAAAACGCCCUACCACAAAUAGCAGUGCUAGUUUCACCAAAGAACAAGCAGACACCAUUCGCAGAAUUCGAAAUAGUAAAGAUAGUUGGGACAUGCUGGGAGUCAAACCCGGGGCCUCCAGGGAGGAGGUCAAUAAAGCCUACCGGAAGCUCGCUGUGCUUCUUCACCCUGACAAAUGUGUAGCGCCUGGUAGUGAAGAUGCCUUCAAAACGGUGGUGAAUGCCCGGACAGCCCUCCUGAAAAACAUCAAGUAGAGGCAGAGGAAAAGACAGGCGACAAGCUGGGGCUGAAGACUUCCCCUCGAGGUGGAAGACCCAGCGUGGACUUUCCCUUCACAACAUCACUGCUCUGUUCACUUAUGGCUGUCAUCUAUAUAUCAGUAGUUCAGGUGCCUGUUGCCGUCUCGUGGGCACUUCACAGCGAGACGACCGCAUUCGCCAGAGAGCCCCGUGGCCCUGCUCACUGUGCUCCAUUUCCUGCUGCCUGGCGGCCUGAGGGGGUGCUGAAAUCUCUGGACAGAGCAUCCCUUAGGCGCUCACUUGGGAAAGUCGGCAAGGUUUCUAGAGGGAGGGAAGAGGACAGUAGGACCCUUUGCUUUUUCUUCCUCUCUUUUCUUUUUUUUCAAUUUAUCAUCAAAGAAGGAAACAAACCGAAGGAGAAAAACAAAACAAAACAAGCAAACAACAUCCAAGUCCCUGAGAGUUUACUGUGACCUUACAAGCAAGUCGCUCCUUCUACCAUGAGUUCCUUGGGGAUGUCUGGACCAUCCAGCCCUCCUUGGUGAACUCUGGGCAACCCUUUGGAAGCUUGUGAGUGAGGCAGACAGUUCUGAAUUGAGCAGCGCUUCUGCGACAUUCACUCUGUUCCCGUCUCCAGCCACCAGGGGGAGAGAGGAGCCAGUCCUAAAAGAGAACAGCAGUGGCAGCCAGAUUCUGGUACCCUGCUCAUCCUGCCCUUCCUGGAUCUCAGGCCUUCCCUGAAAAGAAAUGGUUACUAACAGCAGUAGGGAGUACUGUGCACCUGGGAGUGAGGAGU